ACUACAGGGGAUGGACUGACUGGGGUAUAGUAAAAUGAAAGACCCUGGCCAUUAACUAUCUUAAUUUAAAAAUAAAACAAACAGUUGUAAACUAACGUUGUAUAAAUAAAUAAAAAACUUCAUUUAAGGAACUAUUAAUCUGGUUAGAUUUUUCUCUGUCAUCUUCAUCUCACAACUUUGCCUCGACCUUCGAAUUUUAGUCAGCUCGACGGAAAAGAGACAAGGUUUUUCUUAGUGCACCCCACUCAUGAACAGACUGUCAAGAUGGAUUAUGGUACAUUCAUUGGAGCCCCAAAGUUCCUUACACGACCAAAAGCCAUUACAGUAGCAGUUGGUAAAGAUGCUACUCUGAACUGCCAGAUUAUCGGUAACCCAACCCCAACAGUAGUAUGGGAAAAGAACAAUGUUCUGCUUCAUACCGGGGGACGAUUUAAGACUAUUGAAGAUGGCGACAUAUACCGCUUAACCAUUUAUGAUAUGACAUUGGAAGACAGUGGUCAGUAUAUCUGCCGGGCCACAAAUACCAUUGGAGAAGCCUUUGCUGCUGUUACACUGAAAGUUGGAGAAGAUGGAGAGAGUGCACUAGCAGAGAUUCCACCUUACUUUAUCUUGAAGCCAACAUCAGUGAGAGUAAGCAUCGGAGAUGAUGCAGCUUUCCUUUGUAAAGUCCAUGGUACCCCUGUGCCCAUUGUCAACUGGGAAAAAGAUGGGAGAAGACUUGGAAGUUUAGAGGACUCAAACCGGAUUCAAAUUGAGUCAUCUGGAGAGUCAAAUUCUCUAAAGAUCAGAUGUGCUCGUUUUGCAGAUGGUGGAAAUUAUACUUGUCGAGCAGAAAACCCUGUUGGUGAUACCAGUGCUUCUGCUUCCCUCAUAAUUGAUCUUGUUGGUAAAUCUGUGGAGACUUCUGGUUUAAAACUAAUGCCUCAGAGUACGGGAUCAAGCAUUAUAGAACCAAGUUAUGGCAAAACAGCCUCUCUGUUGUCACAUCUUCAGAGAAGACGUGAAGAAAUAAGAAAGUCAGAUAUCUCCAUUUUUCGAACCUCUGAUUUCAGUACUGCCUCAUCUUUAUCCAGUCUUCAUCCUUCUGAGGGAUUGUCCAGUAUUGGCCUCAGCCUUUCCCGUGACUAUGAAAGGGCAGCCAGUCUAGCAGCAAAAAUGAGUCGGGAUUCUACUCAGACAGUAUUCACCCGUACCUGCAUGGUAACAGAAGGGAAGCAUAUUAAACUGAGCUGUUUUGUUACUGGUCAGCCCAAACCAGAUAUUGUGUGGAAGAAAGAUGGGGAUGUGGUCAUGGAAGGAAGAAGGCAUGUCAUUUAUGAAGAUGAGCAGGAAAACUUUGUGAUGAGGAUCCUUUACUGUAAGCAAAGUGAUAACGGCCUUUACACUUGUACAGCUUCUAACUUGGUGGGACAAACAUACAGUUCGGUGCUAGUCAUCGUUAAAGAACCGACUGUACCAUUUAAAAGAAAACUUAGAGAUCUUGAAGUUAAUGAGAAAGAAACUGCAACCUUCCAAUGUGAAGUACCUCUUCCUUCUACGGAGGCCAGCUGGUUUAAAGAAGAAUCAAAGCUUAUACCUAGUGCUAAAUAUGCUAUUGAAGAGGAUGGAACAUACAGAAUGCUUAGCAUUCACAGUACCACUACCGAUGAUGAUGCCGUCUACAUCUGUGAAAUGAAAGAGGGCAGCAGAACUGUUGCUGAGCUAUCAGUCAGAGGUAAUAUAAUUAAGAAACUCCCAAGAAAGACUACAGUCCCUGUUAAUGAUACAGUUAUCUUUUGUGUGGAGCUGGACAGCAGAAGUGAAAACACCAAGUGGCUGAAAAAUGGAGAAGAACUCAAACCCAAUUCACGAAUUAUAAUCACUGCAUCUUUCAGAAAGUAUACUUUAACCAUUCAGGAAUGUCAAGCAGAUGAUUCUGGUGAGAUCACUUUCUUGGCAGAUGAUUGCAGAACAUCUACACAGUUUACUGUAACAGCUCCAAGAAGACUCCCCCCACAUCCCCCAGUCGACCCUGUGGUCAAGGACAAAACAGAAACUUCAGUCACCCUCGCCUGGUCCCCACCUUCAAUGGACAGACCUGUUCCCAUUGAUGGGUAUGUUGUGGAGUAUAAGAAAAUGGGAAACAUGGCCUGGAUAAGAUGUCAUGACACUAAAAGCAUACCUGAUUGUGAGUUCAGAGUAAGUGAUCUAGAAGAAGAGGGAGCUUAUCAAUUCCGAAUAACUGCUGUCAACAGCUUUGGUCAAAGUUCAUGCCUUGAAUUUCCUGGAACCAUAUACCUAGAACCAACAGUGGCCGUUACAGUACCCUUGGUGGAUGUUGAGGCUUCAGCAGGAGGAGCCGCCACAUUUACAGUUGAGCUUUCCUCUGUUUGUCCUGGCCUCUGGCUCCUUGAUGGCAAAGCGCUCCAAAACUGUGACGACUAUGACAUAAAACGAACACAGAAGAUACACACACUGAUUAUUACGAAUGUUCGGGCAAUACAUAAUGGAGCAGAAGUAAAAUUUGUAGCAAGAAAUGUUGAAAACACUGCAAAACUGAAAGUGAAAGAACCUGAACCAGUAUUCACUAAUAAGGCAUCUCUUCAGAAGGAGGUGAAGGUCUACCUCUCAGAGACUGCCAUACUUACUUGUGAGGUGUCCCAGACUAAAACUGAUGUCAAGUGGUACAAGGAUGGGAAGCAACUCAGUCCUAACAAAAAAUAUAAAGUGGAGUCUGAUGGCAAAAUUCGAAGACUUGCAAUACAGAAUGUGGAGAAGAAGGAUGGUGGAGAGCACAUCUGUGAAUCUGCUGGUGAAAAGCUUAUUUUUAAGAUUAAUGUCAAAGAACCUGAACCAAUAUUUGCCAACAAGGACUCUGUUCAGAAGGUGACAAAGACCUAUCUGUCAGAGAAUGCUACACUGUCAUGUGAAGUGUCACAGGCCAAAACAGAAGUGAAAUGGUACAAGGAUGGAAAAUUCCUGACUGACACCAAAAAAUACAGAAAGGAAUCUGAUGGUAAAAUCCGUCGACUCGUAAUUCAGAAUGUGGAGAAGAAGGAUGCUGGGGUUUACAUCUGUGAAGCUGCUGGAGAGAAACUGUCCUUCAGCAUUGAAGUCAGUGAGAAAGAAGAAGCUUUUAUCAACAAAGACUCUGUUCAGAAGGAGGUGAAGGCUAGGCUGUCAGAGAAUAUCACACUGACUUGUGAAGUGUCCAAGAUCACAACUGAGGUAAAAUGGUACAAGAACGAAAAACUCAUUACUGCAUCCAAGAAAUUCAGACUGGAGUCUGCUGGUAAAACACGAAGGCUGGUGAUUCAGAACAUAGAAAAACAUGACUCUGGGGAGUAUAUAUGUGAGUCUGCUGGAGAAAAACUGUCUUUCCAUAUCGAAGUAGUUGAACCUGAACCAAUAUUUGCCAACAAGGACUCUGUUCAGAAGGUGACAAAGACCUAUCUGUCAGAGAAUGCUACACUGUCCUGUGAAGUGUCACAGGCCAAAACAGAAGUGAAAUGGUACAAGGAUGGAAAAUUCCUGACUGACACCAAGAAAUACAGAAAGGAAUCUGAUGGUAAAAUCCGUCGACUCGUAAUUCAGAAUGUGGAGAAGAAGGAUGCUGGGGUAUACAUCUGUGAAGCUGCUGGAGAGAAACUGUCCUUCAGCAUUGAAGUCAGUGAGAAAGAAGAAGCUUUUAUCAACAAAGACUCUGUUCAGAAGGAGGUGAAGGCUAGGCUGUCAGAGAAUAUCACACUGACUUGUGAAGUGUCCAAGAUCACAACUGAGGUAAAAUGGUACAAGAACGGAAAACUCAUUACUGCAUCCAAGAAAUUCAGACUGGAGUCUGCUGGUAAAACACGAAGGCUGGUGAUUCAGAACAUAGAAAAACAUGACUCUGGAGAGUAUGUAUGUGAGUCUGCUGGAGAAAAACUGUCUUUCCAUAUCGAAGUAGUUGAACCUGAACCAAUAUUUGCCAACAAGGACUCUGUUCAGAAGGUGACAAAGACCUAUCUGUCAGACAAUGCUACACUGUCCUGUGAAGUGUCACAGGCCAAAACAGAAGUGAAAUGGUACAAAGAUGGAAAAUUCCUGACUGACACCAAGAAAUACAAAAAGGAAUCUGAUGGUAAAAUCCGUCGACUCGUGAUUCAGAAUGUGGAGAAGAAAGAUGCUGGGGAAUACAUCUGUGAAGCUACUGGAGAGAAACUGUCCUUCAGCAUUGAAGUCAGUGAGAAAGAAGAAGCAUUUAUCAACAAAGACUCUGUUCAGAAGGAGGUGAAGGCUAGACUGUCAGAGAACAUCACACUGACUUGUGAAGUGUCCAAGAUCACAACUGAGGUAAAAUGGUACAAGAACGGAGAACUCAUUACUGCAUCCAAGAAAUUCAGAAUGGAGUCUUCUGGUAAAACCCGAAGAUUGGUCAUUCAGAACAUAGAAAAAAAUGACUCUGGAGAGUAUGUCUGUGAGUCUGCGGGAGAAAAGCUGUCUUUCCAUACUGAAAUAGCUGAACCUGAACCGGCAUUUGCCAACAAGGAUUCUGUUCAGAAGGUGACAAAGACCCAUCUGUCUGAGAGUGCUGUACUAUCCUGUGAAGUGUCACAGGCCAAAACAGAGGUGAAAUGGUACAAGGAUGGGAAACUCCUGACUGACUCCAAGAAAUACAAAAAGGAAUCUGAUGGUAAAAUUCGACGACUCGUGAUUCAAAAUGUGGAGAAGAAGGAUGUUGGGGAGUACAUCUGUGAAGCUGCUGGAGAGAAACUGUCCUUAAGCAUUGAAGUUAUUGAUAAAGAGGAAGCAUUUAUCAACAAAGACUCUGUUCAGAAGGAGGUGAAGGCUAGAGUGUCAGAGAAUAUCAUACUGACUUGUGAAGUGUCCAAGAUCACAACUGAGGUAAAAUGGUACAAAAAUGGAAAACUCAUUACUGCAUCCAAGAAAUUCAGACUGGAGUCUUCUGAUAAAACCCGAAGGUUGGUGAUUCAGAACAUCGAGAAACAGGACUGUGGAGAGUAUGUCUGUGAGUCUGCUGGAGAGAAGCUAACCUUCCGUAUUGAAGUAGUUGAACCUGAACCAGCAUUUGCCAACAAGGACUCUGUUCAGAAGGUGACAAAGACCCCUCUGUCUGAGAAUGCUGUACUGUCCUGUGAAGUGUCACAGGCCAAAACAGAGGUGAAAUGGUACAAGGAUGGGAAACUCCUGACUGACUCCAAGAAAUACAAAAAGGAAUCUGAUGGUAAAAUUCGACGACUCAUGAUUCUAAAUGUGGAGAAGAAGGAUGUUGGGGAGUACAUCUGUGAAGCUGCUGGAGAGAAACUGUCCUUAAGCACUGAAGUUAUUGAUAAAGCGGAAGUAUUUAUCAACAAAGACUCUGUUCAGAAGGAGGUGAAGGCUAGACUGUCAGAGAAUAUCACACUGACUUGUGAAGUGUCCAAGAUCACAACUGAGGUAAAAUGGUACAAAAAUGGAAAACUCAUUACUGCAUCUAAGAAAUUCAGACUGGAGUCUUCUGGUAAAACCCGAAGGUUGGUGAUUCAGAACAUCGAGAAACAGGACUGUGGAGAGUAUGUCUGUGAGUCUGCUGGAGAGAAGCUAACCUUCCGUAUUGAAGUAGUUGAACCUGAACCAGCAUUUGCCAACAAGGACUCUGUUCAGAAGGUGACAAAGACCCCUCUGUCUGAGAAUGCUGUACUGUCCUGUGAAGUGUCACAGGCCAAAACAGAGGUGAAAUGGUACAAGGAUGGGAAACUCCUGACUGACUCCAAGAAAUACAAAAAGGAAUCUGAUGGUAAAAUUCGACGACUCAUGAUUCUAAAUGUGGAGAAGAAGGAUGUUGGGGAGUACAUCUGUGAAGCUGCUGGAGAGAAACUGUCCUUAAGCACUGAAGUUAUUGAUAAAGCGGAAGUAUUUAUCAACAAAGACUCUGUUCAGAAGGAGGUGAAGGCUAGACUGUCAGAGAAUAUCACACUGACUUGUGAAGUGUCCAAGAUCACAACUGAGGUAAAAUGGUACAAAAAUGGAAAACUCAUUACUGCAUCUAAGAAAUUCAGACUGGAGUCUUCUGGUAAAACCCGAAGGUUGGUGAUUCAGAACAUCGAGAAACAGGACUGUGGAGAGUAUGUCUGUGAGUCUGCUGGAGAGAAGCUAACCUUCCGUAUUGAAGUAGUUGAACCUGAACCGACAUUUGCCAAUAAGGACUCUGUUCAGAAGGUGACAAAGACCCAUCUGUCUGAGAGUGCUGUACUAUCCUGUGAAGUGUCACAGGCCAAAACAGAGGUGAAAUGGUACAAGGAUGGGAAACUCCUGACUGACUCCAAGAAAUACAAAAAGGAAUCUGAUGGUAAAAUUCGACGACUCGUGAUUCAAAAUGUGGAGAAGAAGGAUGUUGGGGAGUACAUCUGUGAAGCUGCUGGAGAGAAAUUGUCCUUAAGCAUUGAAGUUACUGAACCUGAACCUGCAUUUGCCAACAAGGACUCUGUUCAGAAGGUGACAAAGACCCCUCUGUCUGAGAAUGCUGUACUAUCCUGUGAAGUGUCACAGGCCAAAACAGAGGUGAAAUGGUACAAGGAUGGGAAACUCCUGACUGACUCCAAGAAAUACAAAAAGGAAUCUGAUGGUAAAAUUCGACGACUCGUGAUUCAAAAUGUGGAGAAGAAGGAUGUUGGGGAGUACAUCUGUGAAGCUGCUGGAGAGAAAUUGUCCUUAAGCAUUGAAGUUACUGAACCUGAACCAAUAUUUUCCAACAAGGACUCUGUUCAGAAGGUGACAAAGACCUAUCUGUCAGAGAAUGCUACACUGUCCUGUGAAGUGUCACAGGCCAAAACAGAAGUGAAAUGGUACAAGGAUGGAAAAGUCCUGACUGACACCAAGAAAUAUAGAAAGGAAUCUGAUGGUAAAAUCCGACGACUUGUGAUUCAGAAUGUAGAGAAGAUGGAUGCUGGGGAAUACAUCUGUGAAGCUGCUGGAGAGAAACUGUCCUUCAGCAUUGAAGUCAAUGAAGCUAAAGUGGUGUUUGCCAACAGAGAAGCUGUUCAAAAGGACCAGAAGGCCUACUCAUCAGAGAGUGCAGUGUUCAGCUGUGAAGUAUCCCAGCCCACAACUAAGGUGAAGUGGUAUAAGGAUAGCAAGCAGCUCAGUGCCAGCAAGAAAUACAGAAUGGAGUCAGAUGGGAAAACUCGACGGCUUGUGGUUCAGAAUGUGGAGAAGAAAGAUUCUGGGGAGUAUAUUUGUGAGGCAGAUGGAGAGAAACUAUCCUUCCACCUUGAAGUAAUUGAGAAGGAACCAGCUUUUGUGAAGAAGGAUUUUGUUCAGACAGAAGUUAAGGCGUUCAUCUCUGAAAAUGCUGCACUCAGCUGUGAGGUGUCUCAUGUCAUAACUGAAGUGAAGUGGUUUAAAGAUGGGAAAGAAGUCACAGCUGGCAAGAAAUAUAAGAUAGAGUCUGAUGGCAAAACUCGACGUCUUGUGGUACAGAAUGUGGAAAAGAGAGACUCUGGCGAGUAUGCUUGUGAGGCAGCUGGAGAGAAGCUACUGUACAAGCUUCAGGUUACAGAAAAGGAGCCUGCUUUUACUAAUAAGGACUUGAUUCAAGAGGUGAACUUUUGCCCAUCUGAGACUGCAUUGAUUAGUUGUGAAGUUUCACAUGCCAGUAUCGAUGUUAAAUGGUAUAAGGAUGGAAAGCGAAUCAUUGCCAGCAAGAAGUACAAAACAGAGUCAGAAGGUAGAACAAGGCGGCUUGUGAUUCAAAAUGUAGAAAAGAAAGACUCUGGAGUGUACACAUGUGAAGCAGCUGGAGAGAAGGUGACAUUCAAGAUGGAAAUUAGAGAAGCAGCUGCUAAAUUCCAAAGAAAACUUUCUCAAACUGAGUCAGUUAAUGUCCAGGAAGCUGACACUGUUACCCUGGUUACAACAGUUGUUCCAGAGAAUGCAGGUGUCAAAUGGUUCAAAGAUGGAAGUGAGCUAAAAGCAGAUGAGAAGUAUAAGAUGAAAAGUGAAGGAGCUACUAGAACUCUUAUAGUAAAGACGGCUGAGCCAAAGGAUAGUGCUUUAUAUACUUGUGAGACCAACAGUGACAAGCAGGAAUUCAAAGUAAAUGUUAAAGAAGUACCUAUCCGGUUCAUAAAGAAACUGGAAGCUGUCAGUGCUGAAGUUGGCAAGUCUAUUUCCUUAACUUGUGAAUUGAAUUUGGCAAAGGGCAAUGUCCUGUGGUACAGAAAUGUAAAGGAGAUCAAACCCAGUAAAAGGUUUAGGAUCUCUACUGAUGGUCCUAAGCGCAUUCUGACCAUCUCGGAUAUAACAGCUGAGGAUGAAGGGGAGUAUUGCUGUGAGUCCAAGGAUGACAAAACAAGCACAAAAGUUACUACUGUAGUUCCACGUCUUGUCACAUUUAAGAUUUGUCUAAACAACAUGGUUGCUGAGGAAGGGAAGGAAGUGACUUUUAAAUGUGCAACUUCACAUAAGGAUGCUGUGGUGAUGUGGUACAGAAAUGGAGUCCCAAUUCAGCCAAGUAAGAAGUUUUUCAUUGCUAAGGAGGGCAGUACACAUACCUUGACCAUUAAGGACUUGACACUGGAAGACAGAGGAGAAAUUUCUGCUGAAUCCGAAGGGGCAAAGACUAAUGCAAUGCUUCAGGUCCAAGAGACCCCAGUGUUAUUUAAGAAAAAACUACAGCCGAAAACAGUUGAUGAAAAUGACACUGUUGUCCUGGAAACUGAAUUGACCAAGUCAUCCAAAGAAGUGAAGUGGAUGAAGAACAGCAUUGUCCUACAGCCCAGUGAGAACAUUGAUAUUAAAAGUGAAGGGCUUAGGCAGACUCUGGUGAUCCAGAAUGCAUCUCUCAGUGACCAGGGAUAUUACAGCUGUGAAACUCUUGAUGACAAAACACAGGCCAAGCUGACUGUAGAAACAAGGAAGAUCAAAGUGAUCAAGGGACUCCAAGAGGUACAAAUUUUUGAGAAUGAAGCCGCAACCUUCGAAGUCGAGCUGUCACAUGACAAUGUGGAAGGGUUGUGGUCAAAAGAUGGGGUGAAAUUUAUACAAGGAGGAAACUGUCAGAUCACUGCCCUGGGAAAAAAGCAUGUUAUGACACUAUCUGCCCUUAAGUUAGAAGAUGCAGGUCUCAUCACAUUCAAAGCUGAAGGAGUUUAUACAUCUGGUCGACUAAUUGUGAAAGAGCUUCCAGUAAAAUUCACCAAACCUUUAGAAGAUCUGAAAGUGCCUGAGAAAGAUAAAGUUGUCUUUGAAUGUGAAGUUUCAAGAUCAAAUGCAGAAGUCAAAUGGUUCAAGGAUGAAACAGAGCUCCGACCUGGUAAAAGGUACAGCAUGUUUUCCAAGGGAAAGAAGAGAAGCCUUAUAAUUAGCAAAUGUGAUUAUGAAGAUCAGGGCAAAUACAUCUGUGAUGCUGCUGAUAACAAGACGGUGGCCACACUCAUUGUUCAUGCUCGAGAUAUUGCAGUCAUUCGACCACUGGAGAAUGUUAUGGUCACAGAAAAGGAGAGUGUAACUUUUUUCUGUGAAAUUUCCCAUGAUGAGGUUCAGACGCAGUGGUUCAAAAAUAACACAAAGUUGAAGCUUGGUGACAAUGUGAAGAUUCGUCAGGAAGGAAAGACUUUUAUGCUGAUUUUCAGAAAUGUGACUGCUUCUGAUGCAGGAGAAAUCAAGUUUGUUGCUGAAAAUGCAACAAGUACUGCACAACUUUUAGUUAAAGAACUACCAGUGAAGAUUGUAAAGCCACUGAGAGACAAGAUUGCUAUGGAGAAACACCGUGGUAUUUUUGAGUGUCAGGUAUCUCGGCCAAAUGCAGUGGUCAAAUGGUACUUCAAGGGCAAAGAAAUUGUCCCAAGCAAGAAAAUGGAAAUAGACAGCCAUGAUAUCUACAGGAAGCUGAUUAUCAAUGAUGUACAGUUUGAAGAUGAGGGCACCUAUACUUGUGAUGCUGUUGAUGACACAACCAGUGCCCAGUUGCUGGUAGAAGAACAGACUAUCAAUAUAAUCAGACACCUGUGUGAUACAGAAGUGACUGAACCAGCUGAAGCCAGGUUUGAAUGUGAGAUCUCAGUUCAUUCUGUGAAGCCUCCUAAGUGGAGCCUAAAUGGAGAACUGCUGCAGGCCUGUAGAGAUGUGGAAAUUGAUCAGGAUGGCACUGUUCAUAGCCUUGUUUUCAAAAAGACCCAUUGCAAUAUGACAGGCAGUGUACAGUUUGGCAUUGGAAAGGCAAAGUCUACAGCACGCUUCACAGUCAAUGAACCUCCAGCACAGGUUAUCAAGGAGAUGGAAAGUACCAGUGUGACUGAGAGAGUAUCUGCUAUGCUGUCUUGCCAAUUCUCCCCAGCUCCCAAGGUUGUGAACUGGUACAAAGAUCAAGUUCUGAUUGAGGCAUCGGACAAAUACAAGAUUCAGCAAGACGGAAAUACAAUUGAACUCAUUGUUCUGAAUGCCAGGCCAGAGGACUCUGGUGUGUACAAAUGUAAAUCUGGAAAUGCUGAAACCUCUGCUGUCCUUACAGUGGAAGCACGUAAUGUUACAGUAACUAAGCACCUGGAGGAUGUGACAACUGAUGAAGAGUGCAAUGCUGGUUUCUCCUGUGAGCUCUCUCAUGAUGAUGAAGAAGUGCAGUGGUUCCUGAACGACAACAUGCUAUAUCCAAAUGAAUUUAAUGACAUCAAGAAGAUUGGAAAAUGCCACAGUCUUGUAUUAAAACAUCUUGCACCUGAAGACUCUGGAACUGUAACACUCAAAGGAGAAAGAGUGUCUGACAGUGCCAAGAUCCUAGUGCUUGAGAAACCAGCUGUAUUCAUGAAGUCUUUGGAUGAUGUUGUGGGAGAAGAACGUGGCAUGAUUACACUGGAAUGUGAGGUAUCUAAAGCCAAGAUCAGGCCUGUGUGGAAGAAGGAGGAUGUUGUCAUCACUUCCAGUGACAAAUAUGAGCUACUGCAGGCUGGCAAGACCUUAUGCCUUAUUGUCCAUGACCUAAACAGAAAGGAUGCUGGGGUAUACACGUGUGAUAUUGGGACAGAUGUUGCAAAGUCAACAGUCAAUAUUCAAGAGCUCACCAUUGGAAUCACAAAACGUCUGAAGAUGGCAGAGGUCAAGGAAGGUGAAAGCUGCACCUUUGAAUGCAUCCUGUCUCAUGAGAGUAUUGAUGAGUGCUACUGGAGCAUCAAUGGCCAACCAGUGGAAAGUGAAGGUCGUUUUGAAAUCUGCAGCAAUGGUCGUAAAUACACACUGACUAUAAAUGAUGUCACUGCUGAAGAUGCAGGAGAGGUCAUUUUUACAGCCAGAAAUCUCACUUCAAAAGCCUCUCUGAUUGUAAAAGGAAAACCAGCAGUUAUUUCCAAGGAGCUUGAAGACUGUACUGCAAACUCAGGGGAAGAUAUUGUCUUAGUGUGCGAAACUUCUGCACCAGAUUCUGAUGUUAAGUGGUACAAAGAUAGUAAAGCUAUUCGGAAAAGCCAUAAAUAUGAGCUACUUCAAGAAGGUACCCAGAACAAACUCAUCAUCCACAAUGCCAUCACAAAGGACACUGGGGAGUACUCUUGUGAAACUGAGAUUGCUAAGACUAAAGCAACUGUUACAGUAAAGGAUAAACCUAUUCAGUUUAUCAGAGAACUUUCUGAUAUCAAGGCUGAAGAAAAGGGUACUGCCAUUUUUGAGUGUGAAACAGACAGACCAGUGUCAAAAGCAGUAAUGUGGAGAAAAGGAAUGUUGGAACUCAAGUCAAGUAAGAAACAUGAGCUGAGCCAGAAAUUGAAUGCACUGAAGCUCACUAUUACCCAGUUAGAAAAGAGUGACAGCGAUACAUACAGCUGUGAUAUUGGUGACGCUCAGUCCAGGGCUACCUUAUCUGUUCAAGACUUGCCGAUACUUUUCAGACAAGAACUUAAGAAUGUGGAAGCCAAAGAAGGGUGCACUGUCAAGCUGCGCUGUGAACUGACCAAACCUGGUGCUUCAGUGGAAUGGAGGAAAGGAGACAAAGUGCUGCAGUCCAGUCACAAGUAUGAGAUAAAGCAAAGAGGUCCUGUUUCAGAGCUUCUGGUUCACAGCCUUGAAAUGGAGGAUGCUGGUGAUUACUCAUGUGACACAGGACACAAACGUUCAACAGCUACUUUAACUGUCAAUGCUUUGCCAGUGCAUUUCAAGCGGAAAUUACAAAAUGAGGAAGUUAUAGAGGGUGACACAGUGACUCUGAACUGUGAACUUACAAAAUCCAGCCCAUCUAUAGUGUGGAAAAAGGAUGGCCUCUCUCUCCAUGCAAGUGAUAAGUACGAAAUGAAACAGGUGGGCACAGUGAGUGAGCUGCUGAUCCAUAAAGCAGAACCAGGAGACAGUGGAAGUUAUACUUGUGAUACCGGAGAUGAACAAUCCAUUGCUCAGCUAACAGUAAAAGCUGCUCCUGUAGUCUUCGCAGAACAACUUCAGAACACAGAGGCAAAAGAAGGUGACAGGGUAGUACUGAGCUGCAAGCUUAGUAAACCAGAUGCACCUGUGGAGUGGAGAAAAGAUUCAAUUGGAAUCCCAUCCAGUCAGAAAUACGAAAUAAAGCAAAGAGGUUCCAUUGUUGAGUUGAUCAUUCAUGAUGUCAGGCCUGAAGACUCUGGAGCCUACUGCUGUGAUACUGGUCAUCAGCAAACCACAGCAUCACUGAAAGUACAAGCUACUCCAGUACUCUUCAAAGAGCAACUUCAGAACAAGGAAGCAGAAGAGGGUGAUACAGUGACAUUGCGCUGUAGACUUAGUAAAUCUGAUGCCCCAGUGGAGUGGAAAAAGGAUUCUGUAUCUAUUACUCCAAGCAAAAAAUAUGAAAUAAAGCAAAGAGGUUCCACUCUGGAGCUAAUUAUUCAUAGCCUAAAGCCUGAGGACUCUGGAGAGUAUACCUGUGAUUCUGGGGAACAACAGACUAAAGCGUUGCUGACUGUGCACGCUACCUCUAUACUCUUCAAAGAACAGCUUCAGAAUAAAGAGGCUGAAGAGGGUGAUACUGUCACAUUACGUUGCAAACUUACUAAACCUGAUGCCUCUGUGGAGUGGAGAAAAGAUUCUGCAAAUAUUAUUCCAAGCCAGAAGUAUGAAAUGAAACAGAGAGGUGCCACUGUUGAGCUGGUUAUUCAUGAUUUAAAACAUGAAGACUCUGGAGACUACACCUGUGACACAGGUUAUCAGCAGACCACAGCUUCUUUAAUAGUGCAAAGUGCUGCUAUACUUUUCAAAGAACCGCUGCAAGAUAAAGAGGCUGAGGAGGAUGACACAGUCACAUUGCGCUGCAAACUCAGCAAACCUGAUGCACCAGUGGAAUGGAGGAAGGAUUCAGUUAUUAUAACUUCCAGCCAGAAAUACGACAUGAAGCAGAGAGGCUCCACAGUGGAGCUGGUGAUUCAUGAUUUAAAACCAGAUGACUCUGGACAAUAUACAUGUGAUUCUGGCAGCCAACAGACCACAGCGUCUGUUAAAGUGCAUCAUGUUCCUGUAGUCUUUAAAGAGGAACUUCAAAACAAAGAGGCAGAAGAAGGCGACACAGUCACACUGCGCUGUAGGCUGAGUAAACCUGAUAUUCCUGUAGAGUGGAGGAAAGAUUCUACAAUUAUUAGCCCAAGUCAGAAGUACCAGAUUAAGCACAGAGGCACUUCCGUUGUACUUACAGUUUCUGAUUUAAAACUUGAAGAUGCUGGAAAGUACACCUGUGUCUGCGGAGAUCAACAGAGUACUGCCUCACUAAAAAUACAAGCUGUACCAGUGUUUUUCAAAAAAGAACUCCAGAAUGAAGAAGCUCAAGAGGGAAGCACUGCCACACUUCGAUGCGAACUGACAAAAACAGAUGCUACUAUAACAUGGAAAAAGGGAAGCACAGUACUUCAGCCAAGUGACAGGCAUGAAAUGAGACAGAAAGGAACAUUUGCAGAGUUGGUAAUACAGAACCUUAAAGCUGAGGAUGCUGGAAACUAUACGUGUGACACUGGAACCCAGCAGAGCACUGCUUCUUUAACUGUCCAUGAUAAAGUGGUCAAAGCAUUGAUUGAGGACAGAGAAUCUGUGGAAGAAGAAACAGUCUCUCAGCAUUAUGAAUUUACUAAGGCAGAACCCCCCGUGGAAGAGAAAAAGCCUGAAGUAGUGCCCAGUGCUGUUUCUGAACUAAAGCAAGAAGAACCAGAUGUAACAAUAGUCAAAGGCCUUAAGGACGUGACUGUGUUUGCUGAUGAAAAUGUUCUGUUCCAGUGUGAAGUUUCUCAUGAGAAUGCACAAGGCAUACAAUGGAAACUUCAAGACAUUGUCCUUCAAAGCAAUGAUGUGAAUGAAAUAUCUGUGGUCAAUGGGCGAAUUCACACACUGAGGCUAAAGCAGGUUACAGUGGAAGAUUCUGGUACAGUGACCUUCCAAGUUGGCUCCCACACAUCGACAGCAGAGCUUAAAGUUAAUGCUCCUCCUCCAUUUUUCAAACAGGAACUCCAAAAUGUGGAAGCAGAGGAGACAAGGACUGCCACCCUGCACUGUGAACUUUCACAGACCAAUGUGCCAGUGCACUGGAAGAAGGGAACAGUGCAGAUUGCUUCCAGUGAUAAGUAUGAGAUCAAACAAGAAGGCCCAUUCCAUACCCUCAUCAUCCACAACUUGAAGGCAGAGGAUUCUGCCAUGUACACAUGCGAUAAUGGAUAUCAGCGAAGUACUGCAACUGUUACUGUAAAAGCUCUUCCAGCAUUUUUCAAAAAAGAGCUUCAAAAUCAGAAUGCUGAGGAAGGUACUACAGUCACAUUGCAGUGUGAGCUGUCCAAACGCAUCGACAAAGUGGAAUGGAGGAAAAAUGGUAUUGUGUUGGAGCACAGUGAGAAGUAUGAGAUGAAACAAAAGGCAACCAUUGCUAAACUUGUGAUUCAUAACUUGCAGUUGGAAGAUAUAGCAGAUUACACAUGUAGCGUUGAUGAUCUACAGACCACUGCAUCCUUGUGUGUUGUAGCACUUCCAACUGUUUUUAAACAAGAGCUUCAGAAUCAAAGUGCUGAAGAAGGCAGCACAGCAACCCUACACUGUGAACUAUCCCGACCUGACGUUUCAGUGCUAUGGAGGAAGGGCAGCAUGGUGCUGCAGCCCAGUGACAAGUAUGAAAUAAGACAAAAGGGAGCGAUUGCUGAGCUUCUGAUUCAUAACCUCCAGCUGGAGGACACAGCAGACUACAGCUGUGGUACUGAGGAUCGGCAAACCACUGCAUCCUUGUUUGUGACAGAACCGGAUGUCCAGAUACUAAAGCAGCUGAAGGAUGUUACAGUCCUUGAGGGAGAAGAUGCUGUAUUCGAAUGCGAGCUUUCUCAUGAGCAUGUCCAUGACAUAGAGUGGAGCCUGGGUGGUGUCCCACUGCAAUAUAAUGAGAUGAAUGAGAUGUUUGUCAAGAACAGAAGAGUUCAGUGUCUCAAGCUUCAUAAUGUCACCCAGGAAGACUGUGGCACCAUGACCUUCAGAGUGGGGCAACAAAAGUGUUCUGCAGAGCUCAUUGUCAAUGCUCCACCACCAAUUUUUAAACAACCACUGCAGAACCUGGAAGUAGACGAGAAUGGGACUGCUACUCUGCAAUGUGAACUCUCCAGAUCGGGAAUCCCAGUGGAAUGGAGGAAGGGAACUGUGGAAAUACUUCCCAGUGAUAAGUUUGAAAUCAGACAGGAAGGACCAUUGCAUACUUUGACAAUUUAUGACUUGAAGCUAGAGGAUUCUGGUAUUUACACCUGCGAUAAUGGGUACAGGCGGACCAGUGGGAUAUUAACAGUGAAAGCACUGCCAGCAGAUUUUGUAAAAUAUUUAGAGAAUGAAGAUGUUGAAGAAGGCGAAACUGCAGUGCUUUGCUGUGAACUGACCAAAUCUAAUGCUCCUGUACAGUGGAUGAAAGGAGGGGUGGUGCUUCAGUCAAGCAGCAAGUAUGAUAUCAGACAGAGAGGCCCCAUUGCUGAAUUGCUGAUUUACAACAUUACACCUGCAGAUGGUGGAAACUACACAUGUGAUACAGGAUACAAGCAAGCUACUGCAUCUGUAUCUGUUAAAGAACCUCAAGCAUACAUUGUUGAACCUUUGAAGGACGUGGAGGUCUUUGUGGAUGAAGAUGCUACAUUCAAGUGCAGGAUCUCCCGUGAGAGAGCACAGGGUGUGGUUUGGAAACUUGGAGAUGUGCCUCUCCAGCAAAAUGAAAUGAAUGAAAUUGCUGUUGAAGAUGGCACUACACAUGUUCUCAGGCUAAAGAAAGUCACACUGGAAGAUGCUGGCACUGUCACCUUUUCUGUGGGAGAGCAUACCUCUAUUGCACAACUUACUAUUCAAGUUGCCACAGCUGCAUUCAUAAGGGAGCUUCAGAAUGUAAAAGGCGAGGAGAAUGGGACAGCAACCUUCACCUGUGAAUUGUCAUUGUCUGGCAUCCCAGUAACAUGGAUGAAGGGAUCUAAUGCAAUAUUACCCAGUAAGAAAUUUGACACAAAAGAAGAAGGAACUCUCAAGGUUCUGACAAUUAGAGAUUUGAAGCCAGAGGAUUCUGGAAUAUACGCCUGUGUUGCAGGCGAUAAACAAAGCACAGCUAGUCUGGAAGUGAAAGCUGCACCUGUAUUGUUCAAGCGCUGGCUACAGAAUGAAGAGGUACAGGAAGGUAGCACAGCUAGACUGCAUUGUGAGAUCACAAAGCUAGGAGCUCCUGUGGAAUGGCGCAAAGGAGAUAUGGUGAUACAUUCAGGUGACAAGUACCAGUUGAAACAGACAGGCUGUGUUACAGAGCUGCUCAUCCGUGACCUAACACUUCAUGACUCUGGCGAUUAUACUUGUGAUUCAGGAGACCAGCAGACCACUGCCACACUUAUUGUAAAAGCUUUGCCAGUACUGUUCAAAAAAGAGUUAAGCAAUGAAGAAGCGGAAGAGGAUGAGGCAGUCACAUUUUCUUGUGAAAUCACAAAACCAGAUGCUCCUGUAGAGUGGCGCAAAGGGAGUGUUGUACUUCUUCCAAGCAGCAAGUUUGAGAUAAAGCAGCUGGGCACAGUUUGUGAACUUGUAAUUCAUAAUCUAGAGCCUGAAGACUGCGGAGAAUACACCUGUGACACAGGAAUGCGUCAGACAACAGCAUCAUUAUUUGUGCAGGAACGUGAAAUAAAGAUUAUGACGGGUUUAAAGAACACAGACGUCUUUGCAGGCGAAACAGCCACGUUCACCUGUGAGCUGUCACACAAGGGCUUACAGGACACUCAGUGGUGGUUGGAUGGAACUCCACUUCACAACAAUCUUCAGAAUGAGAUUUCUGUGCAAGAUAAUGUCUACAGCUUAACAUUAAGGAACUUGGCAACUGAAGACUCAGGAACUGUGACUUUCAAAGCUGAAGGGCUUGUUUCUUCAGCAAAAUUACUAGUCAAAGAUCCAACCAUUGAAGUGGUCAGUCCAAUUGAAGACCUGAUAGUGGAUGAAGAUAGUACAGCAGAGUUCAUCUGUCAGUAUUCCAGACCAGUCCAGGCUGUUUGGAAGUUAGAUGGUCAGGAAGUGCACCCUGACGGCCAACGAAUCGUUAUCCAUCAGGACUGGAAUGUUGCCAGGCUAUCCAUUAAGAAUGCGGUCUUGGAGGACAGUGGCACCUACACUUGUGAAGCCGAAGGAACAAAAAUUAUGGCUGUACUUGAUGUUCAAGCUAAGCGGGUUGAUAUUGUCCAGGGUUUGGAGAACACAGAAGUCAUGGAAGGUGGAGAGGCCUUGUUUGAAUGUUACUUAUCCAGACCAGAAAGCUAUGAUUAUAAGUGGCUUAUUGAUGGAGAGCCUGCAGUUCCAUCUGAGAAUGUUGAGACAGUUUUAUUUGAAAAUGGGCGAAGGCAUCUGCUCCUCCUGAAGAAUCUCACAGUACAGGAUAGCUGUAGGGUGACAUUCAUGACCGCCACUGGUUUGACAUCUGCCUUCUUGACUGUCAAACAAUGGCGACUUGAAAUUUUGCAGCCCCUGAUAGACACAGAAGUGAUGAUUGGAGCUAUGGCUGAAUUUGACUGCAUGUUAAGUGAAGCAGUACCCAUGGGAGAAGUGGGCUGGUACCUGAAUGGCUCAGAGUUACAUCCAGAUGACAGCUGGGAAAUGCAAGUCAGUGGAAACAACUACAAACUCAUUCUAAAACAUGCACAGCUUCAACAUGCUGGGGAGAUGACAUUUGCAUCCCGGGAUGCCAUUUCAUCAGCCAGACUAACAGUGAUUGCCCUGCCUGAUCCUCCAGAAGAUCCAGAAGUCCUGAGUAAGAACUCCAACUCUGUAACUCUGUCCUGGUUUACUCCACUAAGUGAGGGUAGCAGUAGCAUCAUGGGCUACAGUGUUGAAAUGAAAGUGGCUGACAGCCCUGCCUGGAUACCAUGCAAUACAGAACUUAUUCAGAACACUGAGUUUGUUGUGGAGAACCUCAUUCCAAAUGUUGGCUACCGAUUCCGUGUUUCAGCUGUCAGUCAAGAAGGUACAGGGGAACCAGUUCAUCUGCCUCAGACAGUAGAGCUAGUUCCAGCAGAAACUCCGGAAGAGGAGCUAGUGGAAGAGAAGCUGGAGAAGGCAGUACAUGAGGGUGAGGAGGAAGAUGUUUCAGUUCAACCCAGUUUGCCUCCUGAAGCUGCUCAGGAGGGUGACUUGCACUUACUGUGGGAGGCUAUUGCCAAGAAACGCAGGAUGAGCAGAGAACCAACCUUGGAUUCUAUCUCUGAAGUACCUGAAGAAGAUGAUAAACUUCGGAAGAAGAAGCAAGAAGCAGCAGAGAUCCCAGUGGAUCUUGCAGAUGGCUAUUCCACUGCAGAAGAUCUAGCUAAAACUGGAGAAACUGACUUCUCUGUAACUAGUUCUGAUGAUGAAUCAAGAGCUAGUACUCCAUCUCUUGUUUCCUAUCUAAAAAAGGCUGGGCAUUCUACUGUCAGUUUAUCAGGUAAGGCUCAAACCAUUUCAACCACCAAAUUUUGGAAACACUGGGAAGUAGGAGAUGCUGACAUUACUACCAGCAAGCCUAGUACUGCGACUGAGACAACAACAACGACAACUACUGAGGAUGAAGAUGCAUCAAUGUCUGAAGCUGCUGUGAAAAUACAGGCUGCUUUCAAAGGUUACAAAGUGAGGAAAGAAUUAAGAAGCCAAGGAGCUCCAGUCUUUGGAGAAGUUUUCAAAGAUUAUAUUUGUGAACCUGGAGGAACUAUCCAUCUAGAAUGUGUUUCUCUUAGUAAAGCUGACCUUAAGGUUCAGUGGUUGAAAGACGGGGAAGAUCUUUCUGAUGGACGCCAUUAUCACAUUGACACAUAUAGUGAUGGAACAUGUUCAUUGAUCAUUACAGGCUUAGAUGUCAAAGACACAGGAACCUACACUUGUAACAUUUCCAAUAGGUUUGGCAUGGCUUCUCACAGUGCCAAGGUUGUGGUUGUUCAACCACCAGAACCUUUUAAGAAACGUAAGCCACUUCCAGCAUCUUAUAGUGCUGACAGUGAAACUGAGACAUCUUCUGGAAGUGAAAUGGAUGAUGCUUUCCGUAAAGCUGGAAGAAGACUUCGCAAGCUGUUCAGCUCAAAAUCAUCACAAGAAAUGUCUGAUCUUGAAGAAGAAAGUUUUGUUAGUGCUGAGGAGGGAGAAUUGGAACCUGAAGAUAAGCAGGCUUGUCGUGAAGAUGAUAAGUAUAUCUAUAUCAAAUUUGACAGCCUUGCAGAAGCCCAGAUGGCAGCAAAUAAGUUUAGGAGCUUGUUUUCAGCACAGGGAGUUCAAGUUGAUGUUCUGAAUCAAGGUUUUAGGAAGACGGAGCUUCGAAUUAUGAAGAUGGUUCCUGGUUUAACAGAACAAGAACUUCCAACUCCUACUGUAGAAAAGCCACAGGCUGCUUUGAGUACUAAAGAUUCUGAUAAAGCACCUGUGUUUGUAACUGAACUUCAAAACCAGGAGGUCCAAGAAAGCUACCCAGUCAGCUUUGACUGUAUGGUUAGUGGCAAUCCCACGCCCAUUAUUCGGUGGUUCAAGGAUGGAAAACUCAUUGUGGAGAAUGACCAUUAUAUGAUCAAUGAGGACCAGGAAGGCUGCCACCAACUAAUUAUUACUGCAGUAGUGCUCAAGGACAUGGGUGUUUAUCGCUGUGUAGCUGAGAACUGCGUCGGAGUUGCCUCCACAAAGGCUGAACUGCGAGUAGAUGUUUCUAGUUCUGACUAUGAUACAGCAGAUGCUGCAGAGACUUCUUCAUAUUUCAGCGCACAGGGAUCUAUUGCCAGGGAACAAGAAGGGAUUGAGUCACAAGCAGAAGAAGAACAGCUGCCACAGAUUCUGGAGGAUCUUAAUGAUGUUAUUGUCUCACCUGGGGCACCAAUGACCAAGUUUCAAAUCCAUUUGAAAGGUUAUCCACCUCCUCGGGUGCACUGGUUCAAGGAUGGACAGCCCCUGCAUCCCUCUGAGAGAAUCCUGGUGACUGAAGAAAAAGGCAUCCACUCACUUGAAAUUUUAGAUGUCUCCAACGAUGAUACUGGAGAGUACUCCACCUACAUCAGUAAUUUGGCAGGCUCUGCAUAUUCUUCAGCCAGACUGCUUGUCCAAGGCCCUCAUGAGCAACGAGCGGAAAGUGAAAAAGCAGAAGCAGAGAAGAAAGAUAAACAAGAGCAACUGGUACCACCAUGUUUCUUGGAAAGAUUUACAAACAAGAAAGUGAGGAAGGGGACAAGCAUUACACUAUCCAUAAAAGUAGAAGGGCAUCCUGUGCCAACAGUAACUUGGCUGAAAGAGGAGUCUGCUGAAGAUGUUCUUUGGAUCAAACCAGAGACCCCAGGUUACAAAAUUGCAAGCUCAAACAUGCAUCACAGUCUGAUCAUGCUGGAUGUUGAGAAGGAACAUGCUGGUACCUAUACCUGCAUCACUACUAACAAGGCUGGCCAGUCCAUCUGCUCUGCCCACCUAGAUGUAUUGGAAGUGCAAGAAGCAGAAGUGCUGACAGAAGAAGACAAGAUAACUAAAGAAACUCUGCUUAGGACUGCAGUUCAUGGUUAUGAAGAAGAUAGUUUCAAGGAAAUUGGACAACCUGAUGAAGGACUGAUCAGUAUUUCUGUGCAACCGCCAGAACCAGAAUCUGUCUUUGAUGGUUUUGAAAUUAAAACAAAAGGUGAAUUUAUGGAGGUAACAGUUGGUAAAGAUGGUGCCCCACACAAAGUUUCUACCCAGGUGCCAUUAGUUGAAGUUGGAACAGAGGACUUCCUGAAGAAACUGACUUCCCAAAUCACAGAAAUAGUGUCUGCCAAGCUAACACAAGCCUCCCUGAAGGUGCCAGGAGCAGACAGCGAUGAUGAAUCAAAGACCCCUUCACCAUCCCCACGCCAUGGUAGAUCUAGACCCUCAUCUGUUGCUGUGGAAUCUUCAUCUGAGUCAGAAGAUGGAGAUUCCAGAGGGGAGAUAUUUGAUAUCUAUAUGGCCACAGCUGAUUACACACCUAUUGGAGCUGACAAUGAAGCCAUUGCACUAAAAGAAGGACAGUAUGUUGAGGUGCUAGACUCAGCACAUCCAUUGAAGUGGUUGGUCAGAACCAAACCUACAAAAUCUAAUCCAUCAAGACAGGGUUGGGUGUCACCUGCUUAUCUGGACAAGAGACUUAAGCUGUCUACAGAAUUGGUUAUGAUAGAAGGUCCUGAACUCCCUGGAGAGGUGGUCACAGAAGAGGAAUAUAGACGAAAGUUUAACCAUCUACUUCAAGAGUUGGUUACCUCAGAAGAAGUGUUUGCCCAGGAUCUGGACUUUGUGGUUAUGCAUCACCUGCAGCAUACCGAAACCAGCCCUGAUGUCCCAGAAUAUAUAAUUAACCAGAAAGAAGCCAUCUUCAGAAACAUAAAUGAUAUCUUCAGAUUCCACAGCAGUGUCUUCCUUCCAGAGCUUCACCAGUGUGACACUGAUGAUGAUGCUGCAAUGUGCUUCAUUAAACACUCAUCUGAAUUUGAUCAGUACAUCCAUUACCUUAUUGGUCGUGUUCAGGCAGAAUCUUUAGUUGUGAGCAAAGCUGUCCAGGAAUUUUAUAAAAAAUAUUCUGAGGACACACUGGCCCUCCUUGACCCCUCUCAGCCUCCAGUUCCUCCCCUGCAACAUUAUCUGGAGAAACCUAUUCAAAGGAUCACGAGGUACCAGAGCUUACUUAAGCUAAUGCUGAUAGAGUUCAAUCGACGUGCUCAUGCUGCUCAAAUGGGAAGACUGAGGGAAGCAAGUGGUAUGUAUGCAGCACAGGAGAAGCAUGCUUGUAACUUUAAAAGAUACAGAUAG